GCGAAAAAUCAAUGUCUGUUGGCGGAGUUGUUCUCUUAUAGCUCUAAUUUGAUCAUUAAAAAGUGUAUAGCUAAUUUCUAAAUCUUUAGAUAUCUCAAACCAGUUUUAGUGUUUUACAUGCACACAGUCUAUGGAUAUGUGAAGAACGAUGCUAUAUUUAGAUUGUGGUGAAAGUUGAAUGCAAAGUUGGAAAUUUAGUAGACCUUGGUUAAAUUCGGUAGAAACUUAAAUAAUCUUUUAGAGAGGACUAAAAUGAGUCUACAAUGGUGUACGUGAAUCUUUAAGUCAAGUGGCAAAAAAAAGUUUAUUUUAUUUUUAUUCUAAUCAGAAAGCACUUAUUUUAUUUCUAUUAUUCUAAUGAACAAGCACAUGUAAUUAAAUCAAUCGAAUCUAAACGAGUCGACGCAAGACUUGCUAAGUUAGGAAUUUCUUCUUAAAGUGAGGACCAAAUGAAGCACACACAAUUCAUUACUUACAAGACAAAAUCAAAACAGAAAGAUAUGAUGAUCCGAAGCCAUUGUCAUUGGGUUUCUGACAUUAUUAUCAUCUUUUUCUUCCUCCUUGUACACUCUCUAGCUUCUUCUUCGCCCCACUUUUGCCGUCAUGACCAGAGAGAUGCUCUUUUGGAAUUCAGAGGCGAGUUUCCGAUAGAUGCCUCUUUGAAAAUUAUGAAUACAUGGAGAGGUCCGUGGAAUAAGAGCACUGAUUGUUGUUUUUGGAACGGAGUCACAUGCGAUGAUAAAUCUGGUCAGGUAAUAUCACUCGACCUUCCUAACACCUUUCUCCACGGCUAUUUGAAAACCAACAGUAGCCUUUUUAAACUCCAAUAUCUUCGUCACCUAAACCUUAGUAAUUGCAAUCUCAAAGGAGAGAUUCCUUCUUCACUAGGAAACCUUUCUCAUCUCACACUUGUUAACCUUUUCUUUAAUCAAUUGGUAGGAGAAAUUCCGGCUUCAAUCGGCAAUCUAAACCAGCUAAGAUACCUUAACCUUCAGUCUAACGAUCUCACAGGAGAGAUUCCUUCUUCACUAGGAAACCUUUCUCGUCUCACAUUUGUUAGCCUAGCUGAUAAUAUCUUGGUAGGUAAGAUUCCAGAUUCAUUAGGAAAUCUAAAGCAUCUAAGAAACCUUAGUCUUGGGUCUAACGAUCUCACAGGAGAGAUUCCUUCUUCACUAGGAAACCUUUCUAAUCUUAUACAUCUUGCACUUAUGCAUAAUCAAUUGGUAGGUGAAGUUCCUGCCUCCAUUGGAAAUCUAAACGAACUAAGAGCUAUGUCAUUUGAAAACAAUAGCUUAAGUGGAAAUAUUCCUAUUUCCUUUGCCAAUUUAACCAAGCUUUCUGAAUUUGUCCUCAGCUCUAAUAACUUCACAUCCACGUUUCCGUUUGACAUGAGUCUAUUCCACAACUUGGUGUACUUUGAUGCUUCUCAAAACUCUUUUAGCGGACCUUUCCCUAAAUCUUUGUUCUUGAUAACUUCGUUACAAGAUGUUUAUCUGGCAGAUAACCAAUUUACGGGACCUAUAGAGUUUGCAAAUACAUCUUCAUCAAAUAAUUUGGAAGGUGAAGUACCAGGUUGCUUAUGGAGAAUGAGUACGGUGGCGCUUUCUCACAAUAUUUUCACAAGUUUUGAAAACUCUUCAUAUGAAGCACUAAUAGAAGAGUUGGAUCUGAAUUCCAAUUCAUUUCAAGGACCACUUCCUCAUAUGAUCUGCAAGCUUAGAUCGUUACGCUUUUUAGAUCUGUCCAACAAUCUCUUCAGCGGCUCAAUUCCUUCAUGUAUAAGGAAUUUCAGUGGUUCUAUUAAAGAGCUAAAUAUGGGGAGCAACAACUUCAGUGGAACUCUUCCAGAUAUAUUUUCCAAAGCUACCGAGUUAGUAUCAAUGGACGUUAGUCGCAACCAGCUGGAGGGAAAGUUGCCAAAGUCUUUGAUCAAUUGCAAAGCUCUGCAACUUGUGAAUAUAAAAAGCAACAAAAUCAAGGACAAUUUCCCAUCAUGGUUGGAAUCUCUACCGUCAUUACAUGUCCUCAACCUCGGAUCAAACGAGUUCUAUGGGCCGUUGUAUCAUCACCACAUGUCUAUUGGGUUUCAGAGUUUAAGAGUCAUCGAUAUAUCAGACAAUGACUUCACUGGAACUCUCCCACCUCACUAUUUCUCCAACUGGAAAGAAAUGAUCACAUUAACGGAAGAAAUGGACGAGUACAUGACAGAGUUUUGGAGAUAUGCUGAUAGCUAUUAUCAUGAGAUGGAAAUGGUGAAUAAAGGAGUUGAUAUGAGCUUCGAGCGGAUCCGAAAAGACUUCAGAGCCAUUGAUUUUUCUGGAAACAAAAUCUAUGGCAGCAUCCCUAGAUCCCUUGGCUUUUUGAAGGAACUGCGCCUUCUCAAUUUGUCAGGUAACGCUUUCUCAAGCGAUAUCCCACGUUUCUUGGCAAAUUUGACAAAGCUCGAGACGUUAGACCUAUCCCGUAAUAAGCUGUCAGGUCAAAUCCCUCAAGAUCUUGGUAAACUCUCUUUUCUGUCAUACAUGAACUUCUCCCAUAACCUUCUCCAAGGUCCUGUGCCACGAGGCACACAGUUUCAAAGGCAAAAAUGUUCUUCAUUCUUGGACAACCCUAAACUCUACGGUCUCGAAGAAAUCUGUGGAGAAACUCAUGCCUUGAAUCCUACAUCGCAACUACCCGAGGAAUUGUCAGAGGCUGAGGAGAAAAUGUUCAACUGGGUAGCAGCUGCAAUAGCUUAUGGACCUGGUGUGUUAUGUGGAUUGGUGAUCGGACAUAUCUUCACUUCACACAAUCAUGAGUGGUUCACAGAAAUGUUUGGUCGAAAGAAACUAGUCAUUACAAGUGUUCAUUAAACCCAUCUCUUGUAGUCUCUUUAAUAAGCAUUUGUGAAGCAACUGUUGUGUAACGUCUUGUAAUAGACUCGUUUGUGUUUGUUUGGAUUUUCUAUUUAUGUAAUAGACGUCUUUGGCUUCAAAAUGUAUACAUUGUGUUCUGCAAUUCUCAAUUAUGUGCAAUAAAAUAUAGAUUUAGUAGACUUUACGAAUUACGAUCAUGAGUUUAUAAACAAAUAGUGAAAAUCCAUUCAUGAGAUAUGUUCGUAUCACAGGUCCAUAUUUAAUGUAAGACGGGGUUGGCACGGCCAACUUACCAACAGAAUCUAAAAAUGACAAAUGGAGAGAUUUCGACAUAUAAAAUAUAACUCAAAACUUCAUGUGUAUGAAAGGAUCCAGGAACUGCCAAAAAAAAAAAAAAAAAAA